GACCCAGUGUGGAGAGCCAUCAACCACCCUGGAGCCACUUACAGCCUCCCUCCCUACCCCGGACUCGCUGAACCCGCACGGUGGUCCAGGAGGACAGGGGCUGAAUAACGCGGGUCCCGGUCCGGGCACGCCGCUUUACCCUGGUCCGUCACCUGGACCGGGCCCCGGCCCGAAUCCGGGAUUCGCCACACCUACUCACGGAGGGGGCGGAGGCGGUCACACGCCACUUCCUGGACAAGGUAGUCACUUCGUCCACGGACCGCCUAGCUACAACUCAUCCCCCGUACCACCUGGGCCCUCCACUCCUGGCCAAGGAGGUGGCAAUUCCAAUCAUUUUCCGUCGCCAGGACCCGGUUAUAACCCACAGGGAGGACCUGGAGGACCGGGUCCACAUUUUAACGGACCUUCAGGCGCUCCACCUCCGUUUAGCUCGCCAUACCCCAGUCCCGGAAGCGUCGGCCCUGGUCCAGGCGGAAAUUCGGGACCUCAUCCUCCUCAGGGACACCCGGGAUUUCCAGGUGGCUCACAUCCACAGUUCGGGCCCGGACCUAACGGCGGGCCAGGUGGCCAUCCGGGUUUUGGUGGGCACCCAGGACACGGCCCAGGGAUGCCAAGUGUGAUGGCAAGCCCUAUGGGUGGGCCAGGAGGAAUGGGGGGUCAUCCGCCUAACAUGGGAGGUGUGGGGCCUCCAAUGGGCGGACCUGGAUCAGGACCAGGAGGACCUAACCCUGGAAUGGGACCGAUGGGUGGCCCUGGCCCCAUGGGUGGAAUGGGAGGACCAGGAGGACCUAUUGGAGGUCCAAUGGGUGGCCCACCUGGCCCAAUGGGAGGACCCGGAGAGAGAAUAGACCAACAUCCUGGAGGUCCACCGUUCUUCAACAGAAGGCAUCCCGGUCCUUAUUUCAACCAGCCAGACUACAGAAUUUACGAACUUAACAAACGGUUGCAACAGAGGACUGAAGUAGUUGCAAUGGAAAGUGAUAACCUGUGGUGGGAUGCCUUUGCCACCGAAUUCUUUGAGGACGAUGCCACGCUUACAUUAACAUUUUGUCUAGAAGACGGGCCUAAACGAUACACUAUCGGCCGGACGUUGAUUCCACGCUAUUUCCGUACCAUCUUUGAGGGAGGUGUCACCGAAUUGAACUAUCAGCUGCGACACGCGAAAGAAUCCUUCCAUCAGACAACUAUAACUUUAGACUGCGAUCAAUGCACCAUGGUUACUCAGCACGGAAAGCCCAUGUACACUAAAGUCUGUACGGAGGGACGUUUGAUAUUAGAAUUUACCUUUGACGAUUUGAUGCGAAUCAAGUCGUGGCAUUUUGCUGUCCGGACACACCGAGAGCUCGUUCCCAGAUCGGUCCUGGGCAGCCAAGAUCCUUCACUUUUAGAUCAAAUGAGCAAAAAUGUCACCAGACAAGGCAUCACACCCGCCACACUCAACUAUUUAAGAUUGUGCGUCAUUCUGGAACCGAUGCAAGAGCUUAUGUCAAGACACAAGGCCUAUGCGCUGAGUCCACGCGAUUGUCUCAAAACUACUCUUUUCCAAAAGUGGCAAAGGAUGGUUGCUCCACCCGAAACUCAAAGGCCGCCAAACAAACGACGUAAGAGAAAAGGAUCGCAGACUGGUGGAGGUGCAGGAAUAAAUCAAGCUCAGCCAGCAGCCCCCAACAAGAAACGAUCACCUGGCCCAAAUUUCUCUCUAGCAUCUCAGGAUGUCAUGGUAGUUGGAGAGCCAUCGUUAAUGGGUGGUGAAUUCGGCGAUGAAGACGAGAGAUUAAUAACUCGAUUAGAGAACACCCAGUAUGACCCAGCCGUCUCACUAGACGAUCCUUCUGGUGGUGGUGGAGGGGGUCCUCCUUCCGCUCCUCCGUCCCAAUUCAACAGUGGGCCGCCUGGACCUCAGGGACCGAACGAUCCCAGUCCGUGGGGCGUGGUUCCAAAGCAGGGCGGCGGAAAUAAGGGUGGUGGGGGAGACGCAGGGAAGAAAAGCCCAGCAGUAAGCCAGUGAGAAGAAAUCUUUUAAAAACUACAUUCAGGCGAAUCUCUCAAAUCAGUCCCUCGUAGAAAAUGAAGCCGAAUUAUUAUCCAUCAUUUUUUAGUCUUCAUGCGAUUGCCAAAAAUGAGGGACUGAUCCUCUGUUUUUCUUUCUGUGGUUUUCAUAUGAGAAAACGAAACAAAUUCACCACCAUCUGAUUGGCAGCCAAAUCUGUGGAAUCAUUUCUGUAUACAAAUGUGCAAAUGAUUUGGUGUUAAGAAAAAUGGCCUCCUGUGUCCAUCCCAUAAAAUACUUGAUGUUCUCCUUGCCCUUUUGUCUCUUCCUCGCCCCGUGCACCCCGUUCCAAUGGGGAUCCUUUUAUUAUUAUUAUAAUCAGUGUCAAUGAAAUGUCAUAGAGCGUGCAAAUGGGUCUGUCGUAUGUACUGUGUAUUGUGGUGACAUCUUUUGAAUCUAUCACCCCUCCCUCAUCCCUUCUCACCCAUCUCCCUUUCGUUUCCAAUUCUGUUCCCCUCCCAUUUUUUUUUUUUUAAAUUCAGUGAACCGGAAGAUAAAGUGACAAUACAACUUUACCCAUUGUUA